AUGUUAUGUAUUAGAGUCUUGGAUGGAGUAUUACCAAUAGUGUUCUUUAUCACGUCAUGUAUUAUAUUUUCAAUCAGUCGAUACCAACAACACUACACCGUCAUUGAUGAAAACGAUUGUCUUCGACUACCCACCUCCAAAACCAUUUCGGUCUUCAAGAGAAGUCUUGUAUUAUUAGUCGUGACCCUUUUAGAAAUCAGUAGUUGGGCCUUCUUGUUCGCCUGGAGACUCGAAUCCGCCAUUCUCGAAAGAUCCAAAAAUUCUACACAUAUACCUCCUCUCUACCAAGUCGUUGAUCCAGGUCUUGCCUUCAUACCCAGGAUCUAUGUGCUUAUUCUCGUUAUUAAAUCAUUCACCACACCCACCAACCCUAUAGACCCGUCGAAAUUCACUAGAUACAGUCAUCAUUUUCUCGUAUUUUACACAAUCACCUUUAUCUCGGCCCUAAUUCGUUGCUUUGAUUACUAUUUUACCAACCAAUCCUUGGCUAUCGACAAAUCCUUUGCAUCCAUUGAUCUAAUAUUAUGCUUUAUUUUAUGGAUCGUCAUUAUUACGUCGCCGUCAGAAUUGGAUCAAGGCGAACUUGUUGAUUUUGAAGAUGAUGACGAUGGUGUACUUGUUCUUCACGACGGCCGCGUUGUCCGCAAUGGUCGUAUUUUGAGCUUGGAAUCUUGUGCAUCCCCCCUCGCCUGUCUCACCUUUAGUUGGAUGAACUCACUUUUGAAACUCGCCUUCAAAUCACGCCUGACAGCCGCCUCUCUUUGGGCGUUACCGAUUCGACAACGUGCGCGUGAAAACUAUCGUUUAUUCACAGAGACAGCCACACGUACCAUCACUAUGUCUACUCUCAUCCAUCGCAUCUAUCGUGCCAACAAACGUAUCGUCUGGUCUCAAUUCAUCACAGCCAUUGGCGCCGUCUUGUUUCAUUAUGCUAACCCUUUCUUUUUGAGGAAACUGUUAAAUUAUAUUCAGGAACAUCAUGGACAAGGGGAUCAAAGUUCGUUUCAGAUAGGUUAUUUGUAUUGCAUCGCCUUGUUUGCUUGUAACGUCACAAGCACUUUGGUCGCCUCCCAAACAUUGUUAUGGGGAAGAAGGUGGCAUGUCACCAUCACACACAUGUUGAAUGCAGAGAUUUAUGCUCAUGCCCUCAGGUUGAAAGAAGAGGAAGAGGAAGAAGAUGGGGACGAAUCUGUGCACCAACAGGCUAGUUUAAUGAGCCAAGAUACCGAAAGAUUAGCCGAACUCGCCUCGUACCUUCACAUAUUAGGCAAUUCUUUUCUGGCAGGUUUAAUUGUGAUGGUGGUGGCUUUACCUUCUACUCAUUACAUUAGUCGUCGUCUCAUGAUGGCACAAACUCAUUUGGCUGACGCUAAAUCCUGGCGACUUCGAUUAUUACGAGAAUUAUGUGAAGGCAUUAAAACCAUCAAAUUUUUAGCUUCCGAACGUCGGUGGGAGCAAGCAAUUACUAAUGCGCGCGAUGAUGAACUUGUAAAAUUAAUCAAGUUGUAUACCCAAAACACAAUAUUGGGUCUAAUUUGGUUUGCAACUCCUGUGUUUGUUACUACCAUUUCAUUUGCUUGGUACACUAUUGUAGAGAAAAAGACGCUGGAUGCCAGUUUAGGUCAUAUCACCACAUUUCUCAACACACCUGAAACAGAACCUGUUUCACCCACCCAACCAUCCUUUGAUAAAGUCCAGGUUGGAUUUGCCUCCCAAUGUUAUUUUCAAUGGCCUACCACCAAUGGUGACGGAGUUUCUUUCAAAUUGGUCAUUCCCUUCACCUUGUUCCCCACAGGUAAAUUAUCCAUCAUCUCAGGCCCACCCAAAUCGGGGAAGACGAGUUUUCUGGCCGCUUUAUUAGGGCAGAUGGAAGGUCAGGGACAGGUCUUAUUACCAUCCAUCUAUAAUCGCCAUGUACGUGAAGGACCAUUAUACCCGCACAAAGUGGCGUAUGUUGCACAACAGGCUUGGAUCGAACAUGGCUCCAUUCGUGAAAAUAUCUUGUUUUCAGAGCCUUGGGAUGAUACAAGGUAUCGUGCCGUACUGCAUCAAUGCGAUCUGUUGAGAGAUUUAUCUUUGUUUGAUAAUGGGGAUUUAACAUCUACGGGUGAUAAAGGGAUCUCCUCUUCCGAAAUCAUGCAACACAAGAUUUCAUUGGCAAGAGCUGUUUAUUCACGCGCAAAGACGGUGUUGAUUGAUGAUAUAUUUACAGUGUUGGGAAAACUUUCUGGUACAUUUAUUUACGAGAAUUGUAUUCGAGGUGAUUUAAUGAAGGAUCGAACGAUACUUGUGGUUUCGACAUGGCCUGAUAUGUUCUGGGCAAGAGAUGCUCAUUUAUUUAUUAACAUGGCAUGUGUUUCCAACGAAGGCACGAUUGAAUCCUCUGAAACAGACCCUGAAAAGAUUGUGGGCUUGAUCAAGCUGAGAAGGAAAUCGCAUAAAAAACCUCAGGCAACAGCAGAACCCGUAAUGAUAGUGGAAGAGGAGGUAUUAAAUACAGAUGUGAUUGAUACCCUGUUUGAUCAUCCCGAAGGAAGUACGCAUAGUACACAUAAUAACACCUUAUUUGAUGAGGACUUUUUCGAUGAGGCAUCCAUUAUUCCUGAUUCGAUCCGACAAGGAGAUGAACAAGAUCGAAGCUUAAUGUACAAGACAAGAGAAUACGCUUAUGCCACUUAUUACUCUGCUUGUGGUGGUUGGCAAUAUUGGUUUUCCGCCAUCUUGUUUACUCUACUUGCUCGUUUGGCAAAUAUUUCUGAAAGUUAUUGGCUAAAGGAAGGUAAACCCCAUUUUAUUUUUCAUCUCUCUCUUUCUUUCACUUUUUUUUUUUCUUUUUUGGUUUGUGUAAAAAAAGUAACGUGUGGGAUUUUUUUCUCUUUCGAUUAG